GCCCAGUUUCUUAAAGUUUGAACCCCAGUUUCUGUAUAUUUGUUACUGGGGUACCCAGUUUAUUGAAGUUAUUAUUACUGGGGAUAUGACAGGGGAAAAUUCCCUCUGAAUGUAUUUGUUUUGUCAUGUAUGUUGUUUUUUUCUUCUUCUUUAUUAAGGCGGAGCUUUGUUAAUCUCAUAUCUUAGAGCUGUCGAAUACGAGCAGUUUAGCACUUUAGGACUUCACACUGGACCCAGAUCUCAGACGCAAAACAACCCGAUGCGUGUGUACUAGCUGCAGCUGCCUGAUCAAGCUCUCCAUAUUGGCUCUCUAUCUUUCUUUACUUAUUUCUCUGUUGGGUCUUACAACGAAAGGGCGAAUAUAGAUAUUCAAGGGUGCGUAAUUUAAUUUUAGGACGAGAAGAAAAUGUGGAAGUGCGGAGAGAUGUUGUGCGCCUGGGGAGCCCGAGCUGGAACAUCAUGGUUUUGAGAAGAGCAGAACAGCACCAGUUUUACAUGGAGUUAACGCCACUGCUUUUUUAUUUCGGCGCCAUGGUUUUGAGACAAGCCAAGUGUAACUCAGUUUGCAGUUCGGAGUCUAUAACAUUGGUGCAGUCGUUCCUGAGCAACUUCUCCAAACUGGGAUUAAACGAUUCCAAGCUAUACACACCAACGCUAAGCAAUUAUGGGAGGCUUCAAGAUGUUGUCUUCUCGCUCCAGCAGAACUGUUCCAGAUCCACACUGAGGUGCUUUGAAAUGGAGAUGAUUGUUCUUGUUGGAGAGACUGGGCAAAUUUCGACUUUACCCAAAAGGCUCAACAGUCUUAGUCGACAGCUUAGUGACAAGUUUGAGCAUUGCCCACAGUGUGAGGUCUACAAAGAAGAAAAAGCAGAAGAAUUUCUCAAAACUUUGCUCCAUAUUUUGGGAAUUAUGUGUUCAAGCAGUAAUUCAUCUAAAAGAUGAGUGCUUUUAAUAGUUGAGGUACACAGUGAAACAUAUUCCUGAGUAGAACUCCAUGUGCUGUUAUAGCCCAUCUGCCUCACGGAUCCGGGUUUUGUGCGUUCUGAGAUUCUUUUCUGCUCACCAUGGUUGUAAAGAGUAGUAAUUUGACUGUAAUUUUCACUGUAGUCAUCAUGUCAGCUCGAACCAGUUUGGCCAUUUUCAUCUGUUCUCUCUCAUGGAUUCCUGAUGUUCUUUGUUUUCUGCACAAUGUUUAAAUAAACUCUAGAGACUGUUGAAAAUCCAAGGAGAUCAGGAGUUUCUGAAGACCUCAAACCAGCUCAUAUGAUACCAACAACUACAGUACCUUCAAAAGUAUUCACCCCCUUCCAUUUUCCCUAUUUUGUUGCAUUACAACCUGUAAUUUCAAUGGAUUUUUAUUUAGAUUUCAUGUAAUGGACAUACACAAAAUAGUCCAAAUUAGUGAAGUGAAAUGAAAAAAAUAACUUGUUUAAAAAAUUAUUUAAACACUGAAAAUGGAAAAGUGAUGCAUGCAUAUGUAUUCAACCCAUUUGCUAUGAAGCCCUUAAAUAUAAUAUAAGAUCUGGUGCAACCAAUUACCUUCAGAAGUCACAUAAUUAGUUCAGUCAAGUCCACCUAUGUGCAUUCUAAGUGUCACAUGAUCACAUUGUGUGUGUGUGUGUGCAUACAUAUAUAUAAAUGUGUGUGUGUGUGUGUGUGUGUGUGUGUAUGUAUGUAUGUGUGUGUGUAUAUAUGCAACUACUCUGAAAAGCCCCAGAAUCUGCAACACCACUGAGCAAGGGGCAUCAUGCUUGUGAUAUUUAUUUGUUAUGUAAAUAUAUUACAUUACUAUAUAAAUAUAUUACAUGUGUUAUGUAAAUAAUUUACAUGUAUGGCAUUUGGCAGACACCCUUAUCCAGAGCGACUUAGAGAAGUGCUUAGAAGUCUCUGUCAAUACAUACAUACAUCCUAAUACUGGUUCAUUAGGUCAUGGACUAAGAAUACCAUCAGUCGAAAAACUCUGUUGGCGAGGCAAUAUAGUAAGAAAAGCACACAUACACAAUACAACAAACAA